AUGACGAGCAAUAAUACAUACUACGACCAGCAGCAGCAGCCUGAAUACUACCAGGGCACCGAUAACGGGGAAGACCAGGAAGACGAGAUGCCUGCCACCGAAAAGGACCUCGCGGAGGAUGCGCCCUGGAAGAAGAUUCAACAGAACACCUUCACCAGGUGGUGCAACGAACACCUGAAAUGCAUCAACAAGACGAUAAACGAUCUCCAGAAAGACCUGGGCGACGGGCUCAAACUAGUCGGUCUCCUGGAGGUUUUGAGUCAAAAGAAAAUGUACAGAAAAUAUCACACAAGACCCAACUUCAGGCAGAUGAAACUGGAAAAUGUAUCGGUGGCGCUGGAAUUCCUGGACAGAGAACACAUCAAACUGGUCUCCAUAGACAGCAAGGCCAUCGUGGACGGCAACCUGAAGCUGAUCCUUGGCAUGAUCUGGACGCUGAUCCUGCACUACUCCAUCUCCAUGCCCAUGUGGGAGGACGAGGACGACGAGGACCUGAAGAAGCUGACGCCCAAGCAGCGGCUGCUGGGCUGGAUCCAGAACAAGGUGCCGCAGCUGCCCAUCAACAACUUCAACAAGGACUGGAGGGACGGCAAGGCCCUGGGCGCCCUGGUGGACAACUGCGCCCCCGGUCUGUGCCCUGACUGGGAGACCUGGGACCCCAACCAGCCCGUGGAGAACGCCAGGGAGGCCAUGCAGCAGGCUGACGACUGGCUGGGGGUGCCUCAGGUGAUUGCUCCGGAGGAGAUUGUAGACCCCAAUGUGGACGACCACUCUGUGAUGACCUACCUGUCCCAGUUCCCCAAGGCCAAACUGAAACCUGGUGCCCCACUGCGCCCAAAAGUACUGCACCCCAACAAGGCCAAAGCUUACGGACCAGGCAUUGAGCCCCAUGGCAAUGUCGUGCUGAAGCCGGCCCACUUCACCGUGGAAACCUGGGAGGCGGGGCUGGGCGAGGUCAUCGUGUACGUGGAGGACCCCGAGGGACACACGGAGGAGGCCAAAGUUGUGCCCAACAACGACCCGAAACGGACCUAUUCUGUGACCUACGUGCCAAAAGUGGAGGGCCUUCACAAGGUGAAGGUGCUCUUUGCCGGGCAGGACAUUGACAAGAGUCCCUUCAUGGUCAACAUCUCCAAGGCGAUGGGAGACCCUAACAAGGUGUCAGCGCGCGGGCCAGGCUUGGAACCCGUGGGCAACGUUGCAAACAAGCCCACCUACUUCGACAUCUACACCGCAGGUGCCGGGGCAGGGGACGUCAGCGUGGUCAUCGUCGACCCUCAGGGAAAGAGGGACACGGUGGAGAUCGUUUUGGAAAACAAGGGGGACAGCACUUUCCGCUGCACCUACCGGCCCGUGCUGGAGGGACCCCACACCAUCCACGUCACCUUCGCAGGGCAGCAGAUCCCCAAGAGCCCCUUUACCGUCAACAUCUCAGAAGCCUGCAACCCCAGUGUCUGCAGGGCCACCGGGCGGGGCCUCCAGCCCAAGGGGGUGCGGGUGAAGGAGGUGGCCGACUUCAAGGUCUUCACCAAGGGGGCCGGCAGCGGGGAGCUCAAAGUGACAGUGAAGGGCCCCAAAGGUGGGGAAGAGCCGGUGAAGGUGCGGGAUGUGGGAGACGGCGUGUUCGAGUGCGACUACUACCCGGUCACCCCUGGAAAGUACACCGUCUCCAUCACCUGGGGAGGGCAGGCCAUUCCACGCAGCCCCUUCGAGGUGGAGGUCAGUGCCGAGGCAGGCUUCCAGAAGGUCCGAGCCUGGGGCCCUGGCCUGGUGACCGGAAGGGUGGGGAAGUCCGCUGACUUUGUGGUGGAGGCCAUCGGCACGGAAGUGGGGACCCUUGGGUUCUCCAUCGAGGGCCCGUCCCAGGCCAAGAUCGAGUGCGACGACAAGGACGACGGCUCCUGCGACGUGCGCUACUGGCCCACGGAGCCGGGCGACUACGCCGUGCACGUCAUCUGCGACGACGAGGACAUCAAGGACAGCCCCUUCAUCGCCCACGUCCUGCCCGCGGAAAACGACAGCUUCCCUGAGAAGGUGAAAGCCUUUGGCCCUGGCCUGGCGCCCACCGGCUGCAUCGUGAACAAGCCUGCCGAGUUCACCAUCGACGCCCGCGCUGCUGGGAAAGGCCAGCUCAAGAUCUACGCCCAGGAUGCGGAGGGAAUCGCCAUUGACAUCAAGAUCACCGACAAGGGCGACGGCACCUUCGUCUGCAUCUACAUCCCCACCAAGCCCAUCAAGCACACCAUCAUCAUCACCUGGGGCGAGGUCAACAUUCCCAACAGCCCCUUCAGGGUGAGCAUUGGGGAGGGCUGUCACCCAGAGAAGGUGAAGGUGUACGGCCCAGGCGUGGAGAAGACCGGCCUGAAGGCCAGCGAGCCCACCUACUUCACUGUGGACUGCAGCGAGGCCGGGACAGGUGACAUCAGCAUCGGGAUCAAGUGCGCGCCCGGCGUGGUGGGCCCGGCCGAGGCGGACAUCGACUUCGACAUCAUCAAGAACGACAACGACACCUUCACCGUGAAGUACACCCCUCCCGCUGCCGGUCGCUACACCAUCAUGGUGCUGUUCGCUGACAAGGAAAUUCCCAGCAGCCCCUUCAAGGUCAAAGUGGACCCGUCUCACGACGCGGGCAAGGUCAGGGCCGAGGGCCCCGGACUCAACAAGACGGGCGUGGAGGUGGGCAAGCCGACCCACUUCACCAUCUACACCAAGGGCGCCGGCAAGGCCCAGCCCAACGUCCAGUUCAGCAGCGCGGUGAAGGGCGAAGCCGUGCGCGACUUCGAGAUCAUCGACAACCACGACUACUCGUACACUGUGAAAUACACCGCCAUCCAGCAGGGAAACAUGACCAUCUCAGUUUCAUACGGGGGUAACCCGGUUCCUAAGAGCCCCUUCAAUAUCACCGUGGCCUCUGCCCUGGAUCUCAGCAAGGUCAAAGUUCAAGGGCUGAACAACAAGGUGGAGGUGGGGAGGGACCAGGAGUUCUCCAUCGACACGCGUGGGGCCGGGGGCCAGGGCCAGCUGGACGUGAAGAUCACCUCGCCCUCCCGCCGCCCAAUCCCGUGCAAGCUGGAGUCGGACGCAGCCAGCGGGACCCACUCGGUGAAGUACAUCCCCCCCGAGGAGGGGCAGUACACCGUGGACAUCAGCUACGACGGGAACCCUGUCCCGGGCAGCCCCUUCUCUGUGGAGGGGGUCAUGCCCCCUGACCCCACAAAGGUGCGCGCGUACGGUCCGGGCCUGAAGGGCGGGAUUGUGGGUAAACCCGCGCCCUUCUCCAUCGACACCAAGGGUGCGGGCACGGGCGGGCUGGGCCUGACGGUGGAGGGCCCCUGCGAGGCCAAGAUCGAGUGCCAGGACAACGGCGACGGCUCGUGCUCCGUGUCCUACCUGCCGACGGAGGCCGGCGAGUACGCCAUCAACAUCCUGUUCGCCGAGGCGCACAUCCCCGGCUCGCCCUUCAAGGCCGCCGUCCUGCCCGCCUUCGACCCCAGCAAGGUCACGGCGAGCGGCCCGGGCCUGGAGCGCGGCAAGGUCAACGAGGCCGGCUCCUUCACCGUGGACUGCUCCAAGGCCGGCGAGGCCGAGCUCACCAUCGAGAUCGUGUCCGAGUCCGGGGCCAAGGCCGAGGUGCACAUCCAGAACAACGCCGACGGCACCUACGCCAUCACCUACAUCCCGCCCUACCCCGGCGCCUACACCAUCACCAUCAAGUACGGGGGACACGCCGUGCCCAAGUUCCCCGCCAAGCUGCAGGUGGACCCCGCCGUCGACACCAGCGGGGUCAAGGUGCACGGGCCAGGGGUCGAGCCCAGAGGGGUCCUCCGUGAGGUCACCACGCACUUCAUCGUGGAUGCGCGCGCCCUGGCCAAGACCGGCGGCAGCCACGUGAAGAUCAGGAUCGUUAACCCCUCGGGCGCCAACACGGACGCCUACAUCACAGACAAAGGGGACGGGACCUACAGGGUGGAGUACACGGCGUACGAGGACGGUAUGCACCUGAUCGAGGUCCUGUACGACGACGUCGCCGUUCCCAUGAGCCCCUUCAAGGUGUCCGUGACGGAGGGCUGCGACCCCACCCGCGUGCGGGCCUACGGUCCCGGCCUGGAGGGGGGCCUGGUCAACAAGCCCAACUGCUUCACCGUGGAGACCAGGGGUGCUGGUACCGGGGGCUUGGGCCUGGCCAUCGAGGGCAGUUCGGAAGCCAAGAUGUCCUGCAAAGACAACAAGGAUGGCAGCUGCAGCGUUGAGUACAUCCCCUUCACCCCUGGAGACUACGAUGUCAACAUCACCUUCGGAGGACAUCCUAUCCCAGGCAGCCCGUUCCGGGUGCCCGUGCGGGACGUGGUGGACCCCAGUAAGGUGAAGUGUUCGGGGCCGGGCCUGGGGAGCGGAGUCAGAGCCCACGUCCCACAGACCUUCACCGUGGACACCAGCAAGGCUGGGCUGGCCCCUCUGGAGGUGCAGCUGCUGGGGCCUACAGGCACGGCUGAGCCAGUCAGCAUCAAGGACAACAGCGACGGCACACACACGGCCAACUACACCCCCGCCAGCGACGGCCCCUACACCGUGUCCGUCAAAUACGCUGACCAGGAGGUGCCCCGCAGCCCGUUUAAGAUCCGGGCGCUGCCCGCUCAUGAUGCCAGUAAGGUGCGUGCCAGUGGGCCAGGGCUCAACGCCGCGGGGGUGCCCGCCAGCCUCCCUGUGGAGUUCACCAUCGACGCCCGCGACGCCGGAGAGGGGCUGCUCACCGUGCAGAUCCUGGACCCAGAGGGGAAGCCAAAGAAGGCCAACAUCAGGGACAAUCACGACGGCACCUACACCGUGUCCUACGUGCCGGACAUGACCGGACGCUACACCAUCACCAUCAAGUACGGGGGCGACGAGAUCCCCUACUCCCCCUACCGAAUCCACGCCCUGCCCACCGGGGACGCCAGCAAGUGCCUGCUCACUGUGUCUAUUGGGGGACACGGAAUGGGCGCCGGUCUGGGACCUAGCAUUCAGAUCGGACAGCAGACGCUCAUCACCGUGGACGCAAAGGCUGCUGGGAAGGGAAAGGUCACCUGCAAGGUGUCGACUCCCGACGGGGCGGAGCUCGACGUCGACGUGGUGGAGAAUUCCGACGGCACCUUCGACAUCUACUACACCGCCCCGGAGCCCGGGAAGUACGUCAUCACCAUCCGCUUCGGAGGAGUGAACAUUCCCAAGAGCCCCUUCCACGUGGUGGCCUGUGAAUCCAUUCCUAUAAUCGAGGAACCGUGCGACAGCCAGCAGUUACAACCGCCCUACUCUCCAUACCAGGGCUACCCCCCCCAAUGGGCAACAGAGGAGCCCGUUGUCCCCAUUGACACCAAGGAGCCCAUGCUCCGCCCCUUCCACCUGGUCAUCCCCUUCACCGUGCAGAAGGGAGAGAUCACAGGUGAGGUUCGCAUGCCCUCAGGUAAGAAGGCUCGCCCUCACAUCACAGACAACAGGGACGGAACAGUGACCGUGAAGUACUCCCCCACCGAGAGGGGCCUGCACGAGAUGGACAUCAAGUAUGAAGGCAACCACAUACCAGGAAGUCCACUGCAGUUCUUCGUGGACGCCCUUCACAGCGGUCAUGUGACAGCCUACGGCCCCGGGCUGACCCACGGCAUAGUCAACAGGCCCACCACGUUCACCAUCAUCACCAAGGACGCCGGCGAAGGUGGUCUGUCUCUGGCUGUGGAGGGUCCCUCCAAGGCGGAGAUCACCUGCAAGGACAACAAAGACGGCACCUGCACCGUGUCUUACCUGCCCACCGCCCCGGGCGACUACAACAUCAUCGUCAAGUUCGACGACAAGCACAUCGCUGGCAGCCCGUUCACCGCCAAGAUCACAGGGGACGACUCCAUGAGGACGUCGCAGCUCAAUGUCGGCACGGCGACCGACGUCUCGCUGAAGAUCAUGGAGACGGACCUGAGCUCGCUCACGGCCAGCAUCCGAGCGCCGUCGGGUAACGAGGAGCCCUGCCUGCUGAAGAGGCUGCCCAACCGCCACAUCGGGAUCUCCUUCACCCCCAAGGAGGUGGGCGAGCACGUGGUGAGCGUUAAAAAGCAGGGGAAGCACGUGACCAACAGCCCCUUCAAGAUCAUGGUGGGCCAGUCGGAGAUCGGGGACGCCAGCCGGGUCAAGGUCUCCGGCAAGGGCCUGGUGGAGGGCCACACCUUCGAGGUGGCCGAGUUCAUCGUGGACACCAGGAACGCAGGGUACGGAGGUCUGGGACUGUCGAUCGAGGGUCCGAGCAAAGUGGAUAUAAACUGUGGAGACGUGGAGGACGGGACGUGCAAGGUGACCUACUGCCCCACCGAACCGGGCACCUACGUCAUCAACAUCAAGUUUGCCGAGAAGCACGUCCCAGGAAGUCCGUUCACUGUGAAGGUGACGGGAGAAGGAAGGAUGAAGGAGAGCAUCACCAGGAAGAGGCAGGCGCCCUCCAUCGCCACCGUGGGGAGCACCUGCGACCUCAACCUCAAAAUCCCAGGGAACUGGUUCCAGAUGAUGUCGGCCCAGGAGCGUCUGACGCGCAGCUUCACGCGCAGCAGCCACACGUACACGCGCACGGAGCGCACGGAGAUCAGCAAGACGCGCGCCGGCGAGACCAAGCGGGAGGUGCACGUGGAGGAGAGCACGCAGGUCGGCGGCGGCGGGGACCCCUUCCGAAACGUCUUCGGCGACUUCCUGGGCCGGGAGAGCCUGACCACCUUCGGCGGGAUCGCGCCCAGACAAGAGGGUGAGACGGGUACCCAGGAGAUGACGGCCCAGGUGACCAGCCCGGGCGGUAAGACGGCGGACGCGGAGAUCAUCCAGGGCGAGGACAGCACCUACAGCGUCCGCUUCGUGCCGCACGAGAUGGGCCCCCACACCGUCAGCGUCAAGUACAGGGGCCAGCACGUGCCCGGGAGCCCCUUCCAGUUCACCGUGGGGCCCCUGGGAGAGGGCGGGGCCCACAAGGUCCGGGCCGGGGGCACGGGGCUGGACCGGGGCGUGGCCGGAGUUCCAGCGGAGUUCAGCAUCUGGACUCGUGAGGCCGGUGCAGGCGGUCUCUCCAUCGCUGUGGAGGGCCCCAGCAAGGCUGAGAUCUCCUUUGAGGACAGGAAGGACGGCUCCUGUGGGGUGUCCUACAUGGUCCAGGAGCCAGGUGAUUACGAGGUGUCAAUCAAGUUCAAUGACGAGCACAUCCCCGACAGCCCCUUCGUUGUGCCCGUUGCCACGGUAUCGGACGACGCCCGACGACUCGCCGUCACCAGCCUCCAGGAGACAGGCCUGCAGGUGAACCAGGAAGCUUCGUUUGCGGUGCAGCUGAACGGAGCGAGGGGUGUGAUCGACGCCAAGGUGCACACGCCCUCUGGGGUGACGGAGGAGUGCUACGUCACCGAGCUGGACAGCGACAAACCCACGAUCCGCUUCAUCCCGCGGGAGAACGGCGUUCACUCCAUCGACGUCAAGUUCAGCGGCUCCCACAUCCCCGGCAGCCCCUUCAAGAUCCGCGUCGGGGAGCCGGGGCAGGUCGGGGACCCGGGGAUGGUGUCGGCCUUCGGACCUGGACUGGAGGGAGGCACCACAGGCGUGCCCUCUGAGUUUAUCGUGAACACGUGCAACGCGGGAUCCGGGGCCCUGUCCGUCAACAUCGACGGGCCCUCCAAGGUGAAGAUGGACUGCAGCGAGUGUCCCGAGGGGUACAAGGUGACGUACACGCCCAUGGCCCCCGGAAACUACCUCAUCUCCAUCAAGUACGGCGGGCCCCAGCACAUCGUGGGGAGCCCCUUCAAAGCCAAGGUCACAGGCGUCCGUCUCUCGGGAGGUCACAGUCUGCACGAAACCUCGUCCGUUCUCGUGGAAACCGUCACCAAGACGUCCACUAUGGCUGGGGCCUAUGGCGCUCUGCCCAAGUUCUCGUCCGACGCCAGCAAAGUGGUGUCCCGCGGGCCUGGGCUGACCAAGGCCUUUGUGGGCCAGAAGAACCUCUUCACUGUGGACUGCAGCAAAGCAGGCACAAACAUGCUGAUGGUGGGCAUUCAUGGACCCAAGACCCCCUGCGAGGAAGUGUACGUCAAACACAUGGGCAACAGGGUGUACAACGUGACGUACACGGUGCGGGAGAAGGGCGACUACAUCCUCAUCGUCAAGUGGGGGGACGAGAACGUGCCCGGGAGCCCCUUCCGCGUCUCUGUGCCCUAGAACACCCCCCCCCCCCCCGCACCCCCCCGCCCCCGC